AGGAAAGGGGUGAGUCCUGUGACGUCAGUGAGUCCGAAGCCAGAAAGAAGCUAGAGGCCAGGGACGCCGAACUGGGAGAGUCGGGCCGCGAGAGCUGAGCCGGGAGAGCAGAGCGCGGCUGGAAUUACCCAGGAACCUGCUUGUCCGCCCAGCCGAUCGGCGCACGCAGAGUGGCCCGCAGGCCCUUUCCUGGGCCCAGUCCCUCCCCGGGCCCCCCAUGGCCCGGGCCACAGCCCUCCCGCCGUCGAGAUUGUCGCCGCCGACUCUACCGCUACUGCCGUUGCUGCUGCUAUUGCUCCGGGAAACUGGAGCCCAGGAUGUGCGAGUUCGCGUGGCAGCCGAGGUGCGGGGCCGCCUUGGGGACACCGUAGAGCUACCGUGCCACCUGCUGCCCCCAGCGCCUGAAGUCCGAGUGUCCCAGGUGACGUGGCUGCGCCCGGACGCGCCCGAGGGCAGCCAGAACGUGGCCGUCUUCCACCCUACGUAUGGUCCCAGCUUCCCCAGCCCGCAGCCGGGCAAGGAGCGGCUGUCCUUCGUCAGUGCCGGGCAGAGCACCGGGGCCGGGCAAGGCACCGAGAUGGAGCUGCGGGACGCCACGCUGGCCCUCCGGGGGCUGACAGUGGAGGACGAGGGCAACUACACCUGCGACUUUGCCACCUUCCCCCGGGGUACCAGUCGGGGGGUGACCUGGCUCAGAGUCAUAGCCAAGCCCCAGAAUGAUGCCAAAGCACAGGAGGUCACACUGAGCCUGGAGCCUGUACCCGUGGCCCGCUGUGUCUCCUCGGGUGGCCGGCCACCCGCCCGAGUCUCCUGGCUGUCAUCCUUGGAUGGGGAGACCAAAGAGACCCAGACGUCAGGGCCCCUGCCUGGCACAGUCACCGUCACCAGCCGCUUUAUCUUGGUACCCUUGGGCCGAGCAGAUGGGGUCGAGAUAACUUGCAAAGUGGAACACGAGAGCUUUGAGGAGCCUGACCUGAAGCCUGUGAUCCUCUCUGUGCGCUACCCCCCCGAAGUCUCCAUCUCCGGCUAUGAUGACAACUGGUACAUCGGCCGCAGUGAGGCCACCCUAAACUGUGACGUCCGCAGCAAACCGGAGCCCACAGGCUACGACUGGAGCACGACUUCAGGCGUCUUCCCAGCCUCAGCAGUAGCCCAGGGCCCUAAGCUGAUCGUCCACUCGGUGGACAGGCUGUUCAAUACCACGUUCAUCUGCACGGUCACCAACGCCGUGGGCACAGGCCAUGCUGAGCAGAUGGUUCUCGUUCGAGAGACACCCAACACAGCAGGCGCAGGGGCCACAGGCGGCAUCAUUGGGGGGAUCAUCGCUGCCAUCAUUGCUACUGCUGUGGCCGCCACGGGCAUCCUCAUCUGCCGGCAGCAGAAGAAAGAGCAGAGGCUGCAGGGGGCAGAGGAGGAGGAGGACCUGGAGGGGCCUCCCUCAUACAAGCCACCGACCCCAAAGGCAAAGCUGGAGGAGCCAGAGAUGCCCUCCCAGCUCUUUACCUUGGGGGCCUCGGAGCACAGCCCACUCAAGACCCCCUACUUUGAUGCUGGCGUAUCAUGCACCGAGCAGGUAGGAGCCCGGGAGACAACAAGAGAAAUGCCUCGAUACCAUGAGCUGCCCACCUUGGAAGAACGGUCAGGGCCCCUGCUCCUGGGGGCCACAAGCCUGGGAUCCCCCAUCCUGGUACCUCCAGGGCCACCUGCUGUUGAGAGGGUUUCCCUGGAUCUAGAGGAGGAGGAGGAGGAAGAAGACUAUCUGGACAAGAUCAACCCCAUCUACGACGCCCUGUCCUACUCCAGCCCCUCUGACUCCUACCAGGGCAAAGGCUUUGUCAUGUCCCGGGCCAUGUAUGUGUAAGCCGCCAAGACUCUGUCCUCUUACUUCUCAUUUUUUGAUCCCUCAGCUUUCUGCCAGGGAUCUAGGGCCCCCUGACCUCUGGCCAGGCCAGUCAGUUAACACACAUGCAUCUCAUCUGUGAUUUCUACCUUGGUGGAUCCACUAUGACCUCUAAUUCCUGAUCUCUGAUUCAGAGAAAUGGGUCAUGACAAUGGAAACCCGAUAACCUUAUCCCAUGAGGGGCCGGGGGAGGUAUGUUUCUGCACAGCCUCUCACCCAAGGACUCCUCAGGCUGACCAUAAAUCAUACCUCUCAUGCACCACCAUCUCCAGACUACCCCCAAAUCCCAAAGAAGACCCCAGACCUCUGAUUUGUCCUCAGGCAGUAACUCCCAAUAGCUCUGCUGUGGGGUGGGCAUUGGGGGCAUACUGCUGCCCAGACCUGAGCCCUCCAGGCAGCAGAGCCUCACUUGCCCAGUCCCCACCCUGUCCCCCAAAAGUGGGAGGAAGAGGAUUCCCCAGCUCAAGACGGAACUUCCCCAUUUCCUCCCUCCUGCCAGCAGGAGACUCAGGGUACAGACCCAUCCCUGAGCCCCAACUACCCUAAUUCCUGUCUACAGGGAAUUAAGCCCCAGCUCAGGGCUAGAUGGGGUGAGCCUCAUGCAGAGUGUGCCUUGUUGACCCCAGUCUUGGGAGAAGAACCUGCUGUUACUUUGAAGACUACUGAGUCCUUUUACUCCUGCCCCAGUGGGAUUGGACCCAAACAUCUCCCUUGGGGAGUAGGGGGAAAGUGGAUCAUCUGGGUUGCGGGUAGGGAAUGUGGUAUUGUUUCUGUAAUAUAGCGUUUCCUUAAAAA